CACGCUGGAAAGAAAGAAAAACCCUCCGACAACGUCACCUCCCACUAUUUCCACGACUAACACGAAGCCGCUGAAUGUUGCCACAACGACCAUCAAGCCGCUGAAUGUUGCCACAAGAACCGCUAUGCCACAGAAUGUUGCCACAAAAACACAACAAUAUUUGAUGAAUGACGAUGAUUCUCAGAGGUAUCUUCUAUCAACACGUUCAAACAGCAAAUUUGCCACGACUUCAAAACCAUACUAUUCAGUAACAGCUUUUAGGACGAAUGAGGUUACAGAAAAAAUACCUCUUAAUUCCACACUAAUUGAUACAGAUCAAACAGUAUCAACAUCGUCGCUCUCAAUUCAUGUCCGCGAUCGAGAAAAACUUUUGAGCGUAAUCAAACUUUUUGAACGUUACUCCAGCCUCAGAAACACGACAUUGAUACCCCCUAUCGAUUAUCAAAGUUCGGAAUUGGAUAAAUAUCUUCCUCUUAGUUUUCAAAGUUCAUUUUCAACAAAAAAUCCAUCACUCCGUCCCACCAAAAUCCCUCUCGCUGCUCUGAGUACGACAAUUCCUGACACUAGAGUUAACAAACCAACCCCAGCAGCGUCUCUGCUCCAAAAUAUCCCCUUCAUUACCUCCACCCGCCUCACUCCUGGUAUCCUUAUAGCCUUCGCAGACUUUAUCAACGACAUUGGCCAAGCCAUCAGCAAUUUACUGAGUUCGCUGGCUGAUGCGUACGCUAACAACCCGGUGCUGACGAUCCUGACUUUAACAGCUUUGGCUUUCUUUUUAUUCAAUUCCUUGAUCAACUACUUUUGGUUUGGUUGGUUUGGAAAGAAACGCUACCGAGGAUGGCACGGCUAUAAGGGAUACCACAAGCGAAUGGAUCGUGUAAAUGAUACCUCUGACUUGGACGACGCUAAUAAACUUCAGAAGAUACUCGACAUCAUUGAUGAAUAUGAACUGAAGUACGGCGAGAAGAUUUUCAUUUGACUUCGAAGAAAAACAUAGCAAAUCGAUUUAAAUAAGAAGUAAAUUUUCUCCACACACACACAUAUGACAUAACCAUUGCAUCGCUACGGUUUUCUGAAUAGUUUUAAAACGUUUGUUACAAUUUAAGGAAGCGGUAGUAUAUUACUCGUAAAGCUAUUUUGCUACACAUUAUAGACGGUAUUGCAAGAGAGAUAAUCUAAUCUGAUAAUUAUUGUAAUCUCACGCUACAUUCGCUCAAACUCAACAACAAAAAAUAUUUCAUUAAAUAAUUCAGCAGAGAUCAAUGCUCCAAAAGAGAAUAGAUUUGGAUAUUAAAAAUUUAGUUUCGCUAACAUGACCAAUAUUUUAGUGUGUUAUUGAGAGGAAACCUUUGUUUCGUGUAUUGUGUUCAACGACGUACGUGGAGUCACAUCAAAAUUAACGUGUAUCAGCUGGGAGGCUUAGGGAAGAUGUACUAUGCAGCUGGUAUAAGGAUUCCAAAGUGUGCUAGUGUCGCGAGUCCAAAAAUUUCUAAGAUUAUCAAAACCUAACUUUGGAAAUAGUUAAAAAAAACAACCUCGUACGCAAUUAAUCUGAGAAAAAUGCUGUGAACAAUUUAACGUUUGUACAAGUUACUACCGAAGCGUCGGC